AUGCAACCGAAUUCCAACGCGAAAAGGGGUGUAGCGGAUAAGGAAAUCCUUGCUUAUAGUUACGUCCACAAGGAAAGGAAAGCUUCAAGGAAGAGGAAGGUAAUAAGUAAUGUUCAAACACCAAACAACCAGAGCGCAUCAAAUUCUUCCGAUCCCCCACAGGGAACAACCGAGAGGCCUUCACUUAUUGUUUCUCCGGGGACCUCAUCUGAGCGAAGGAAGUCGGGCGUAACUCGAAGAGCUCGAUUCAGUCUGCACCCGUCUACCCCAAAGGCACCAACCGCGCUGAUAAAGCAACGACCUGAACUGCUUAGCGCCGGGUCAAGCAAGGAAGCCCCCUCCUUCUACAGUUCUUCUAUCCAGCUAAGCGUCACUCCGGUGGUAGAAAGUGUAUCCAAUGCAACCGAUGGACAACCGACCCCUAAAGCCCACUCACGUGUCACCUUUCAGGCCACCGGGGAGACGAAGUAUGUUCCACUGUCGGCCGCAAGCUGUCGCGGCUAUGUAGCGACUGGUGGGAAACCAGCGCUUAGGGUAGCCGCCACGACUGACUCCCAGUGUCUGUGUUCACAAGUUCUAAUUAACCGCCCUUCCCGUCCUUUACUCUCACCUCCUCCGCCACCAUCGACCGAGCACGCGAGACCAUUUACGUCCUCCGGGCACGUGCAAUUUGGUGACAUGCAAGACGGGCGACACAGAGGAAACCAAGUGUUUCCGGCGAUCGAGACUGGCUGGCUUAGAACUAAUUCCAAGGAGGAUGAUAGCAUGCAGUUUCUGCCCUCAAUUGGAACGUCCCAUAAAGGAGACGAUUUUAUUAAAACUAUUACGUCUUUGCAACAAAAAGACCGUCUAAACGGCCUAACUUCCGUUGAAAGCAUGCAACGCCAAGAGUGUCCCACGCAAGGGAGUCGUAUUCGAAGGACUACAAAACAAAGAGAUCAGGAUAGGCAGGAUAAAGUACGUGAAAGAGUUAAUUUGGGAUAUGAGAAGCAUGGAAUUAAGGAAGAAGAGCUGGAUGAUGACGAUGAGAUUUAUCGGGUAGCCGAAGCAGUAGCUCGCGGAGUUCCUGAUAGCUUCGGUGAUGAAACCACUUUUGAUUCCAGUCUUCUGUGGAGCAUGGAAAAUGAGCUGGGGGAGAAGUCUAGUGAUGAGGAUACUCUAGACGUCAUUCGAGUCAUGAAGGAGGUAGAACGCAGCUUCCAAGUAGAUCAACAAGCUAACCUGCUCUCGGAGGAACCUACAAGAGAGGCGGUCUGUGAAAACACCCACAGAGGAGCAAGCCGUGCUGAUGAAAGUACUAGUAGUACGCUCGAAUUACUCUCCUCAAGUGAGGACAUUGCCUGCUUAUCCAAUUUUUCUUCCGAUUCCAGGAAGAUUUUGCAGCUGCAAGAAGAGGCACUGCCAGUUCAGGAAGUUGAAGACCUGAAAAUUCCCUCUUCUUGGCGGAUUUACGCUGAUACGCAUCGCAGGGAACGUUACCGGCGAGGAGUGGAAAACAGUCUGUCUAUUUGUGUGAGUGUGUUAGUUCAGCAACUGCCCGUAGCUAUUGUACUCAAAAGUUUCGAAGAUCCCAUACUUAGCACCAAGUCCGUGCAGACUUCUGGUGUUCCCAUAUCCUAUUCCGCCAGCAUUGAGGCUAUUCAAAGGAAGCUAAGUGAACUAGGGCUUCCCAGAGGAGCACACUCAUGUCGGACGGAGAUGCUGCCAGGAAGUUUGCGGAGGCUGUGCCGUUACCAUCGGUACCUUUCCAACUUGCGUGAGGAGAACUGUGACACCAGGGCACUUCAUCGCACUCACAGCGCUUCCAUCUGCAGACUGACACACGGUGGAAGGUCGCAUGAGUGCUCCAAGAGACAAUUUUCAGAGGAAAGCCUUCAGCGCUCUCGCUCCGUACCAAACCUAGAGCCGAUCGCAGAGCCCAGCAAGUUAUCGGGGCAAGAAAACCCAGACUUUACAGUAAUUUAUAAUCUCUGGAGGGAGAUAACCAGUUCAUUGAAAGAACUGCAGCAGCUCGCGGGCCCGUCGAGGGCUGCCGACGUUGGAACCCUCACCUCUCCAGCUAUUAGGUCCGAGCAUCCCAAGGAAUCAGAGCCAGCCAUCCCAAAGGACGAAGAACCGAACUCAGUGGAAUCUGUGGAAACUAGUUUGCAGAUCAGCUCUCCAAAGGAGUUCAACGAGAUCUGCCUGUCACCGAUCCCAAAAACCAGGACUGUUGAUACCUCGCGGCAGUGUAUUGCCGAACUGAGGGAACUUAUUGCCAAAAGAAGUAGGCUUCGACAGCAGCCAGAGAUAAAGCCCCGAACCGCUGAAUCGCAGUGUUGGGAAGACUGGGCGGGACCCUCAGGCAGAGUUGGAGCCUCCCACGGGGCUGUGGGCGAGAUGACUCUUAAGCGAGGCGCCAGAUCGUUGGGCCGGGGCUCUGCUAAGCCCAAGGCUCGCAAUAAAAGCCUGAACAGUGUCAAAUGCGCUCUCGAUCCUCAUCAUCAUCCCCAUAAACGAGCAGAAUCCCACAGGGCAGCCUUUUCAGGACAAAAUGAGGAAGAGCUAAGAAACCAUUCUGGUUCAUCUCUACCAAAUGGAAAGUACACCAAAUCGUAUGGUGUACACGCCUAUCGCACGCAUGGAUCUUAUGAUGAGGAUUGUCAAACAAACUCGAAAGCCUACCCUAGUUUCCAACUCAACCCAAGUGGCCCUCUUGCUUUUACUCUAAGCCCUACCAAAGCACCGCACGCUCCCGCGGUCUGGGGGGACUCAACAGGGACCGAUUCGUCCGGUGACUACAAUAAUUAUCUUGGGUCUUCUGUUCACCUCUCAGCCAAUUCGCCGCCCAGGCAUAUUUUCUUUCAUAGACUUCCCAGCCCCACUCCAGUCUCUGUCAGAGGCUGUACGUCCAAGGGAUCGACGCGGGGCAGUCUCAGGUCUAGCUCCAUCGUUAGAGCAGACGGAGAAAAAGAUAGGGCGGAGAAAGUAGUCACGAAGGCGGCCCCAUUUCUGCGCUCCCGACCGGCGGUAAGUAGGAAUUCUGGCAGAUUUCCUGGCUCCUUUGGGGAUGGAAGGUCAAAAUCCUGGGAUACAAAGAACGAGUCUAUGCGGAACGCUGAAUGGAAAGAUCUCAUCAAUGAGAUUUACGCAGCCAAGAAUGCCCGGAGGUUGCGAAACGAAGAUCACACAGCCACCUUCCAGCUAACACCGUCUUCAAAGUAUGUACGGGGGGCAGCGCCACCAAGGUCUCCUUCCUCCCUCUCCGGUCGGUCAGGAAAGGUGAGACCAGCAGUACGGGAUAACCUCCUGCGGCACACGAUCGCUUCUCUGCAAAAAGUGCGGGAGAGGAAGGAGGAUCUGCAGAACAGUCACCGUAAGCCCUGGGUUAAAUACUGA